AUGGUGAAUCUAGAAGAGAGCAAGCUUGACUGUCUGAGACACGGCGGACUCUCAGCGGCUGUUGUGACUUUGAGAGAAAGCGCGAUCAACUCUACAUUGCGAAUUGACAAGCAGGUAAAAUCGAGGCAGCAGCGCGCUCUGAGCGUGGACGUGGACGUGGGACGUGGGACGUGGGACGUGGACGUGGACGUGGUUCGUGUCGUAUUUGUCACUUUAUCCAAGGUGCACAUGGCGCUUCCAGUCGUCUAUUCGCACGCAAGCAUCCGAGAUCGAAAGAGCUAG